UUCACCUACUUUCAAGUCUUGACCGACUUCUCAUCAAAUAAAAUAAAUGCCCGGAAGAGAUCGCUCAUGCCUCCUCGUCGAAGGCAGCGUCCUCUGCCGAGGGUGUACGCCCUGCUCAACGCGGGCGUGAGGCUGGUGGCGUGGUUGACUAGCCUUGCUGCCGUGCUCAUGCUGGCGUAUGUGGGAAAGGAGUGGCCAUCAAAGAACCAGGUCGUCGUCGCAGGCGCCAUAGGUUGUGCCAUCGCCAUGCUCAAUGAUAGCUGGGACAUGCUGGCCACCACCGACGCCUCCAUGGUAGUCCCGCGCCUCGCCGCGUCACGAAGAGUCCUGCACGAUCUCUUCUCCAUGGCUCUCUGCGUCGGCGGCAUCAUCAUGAUGUGGGUAUCAAACAUCAGCCUCUCACCAGAAAAGACGUCGGAGCAGCGUCGUCAAGAGAAGUGGAUCAUGAUGGCCCUCUGGACCCUGAUCGCCGUAGUCGGGUGGAGGUUGAUCUUUGCGGUUUGGGGAUGUGUGGAUUGUUCCGGUGAUGCUAGACGGGCAGCAAGAAGAAGACAGAGACGACGAAGGAGGAGAAAUGAUCCUUGGCAUCAGAUGGGUAUACUAUGA